AGUACUUAGGACGUCACCUAUCACUGCACAACCUUGGUCGUAAAGCUGUCUAUUCUGAGCCAGAUCCCGCUUCCCCAGGGCACAAAAACGGAACUACACCAAGGCAUUGCGGCUGCGUAACGGAGAGGUUGUACUCAGUCGGCAAGCCGACAUGGACAUAAGACAAUCCUCGAGGUCGGCGGACAGCGCUGAUGAGCUUGUAGGCGGGCCUUUUGCGGUCAUCGAAUCCGAUCCAGGUGUCUUCACGACGCUGCUGCACAAGCUUGGCGUACGAGGUCUGGAAGUUACUGAGAUCUACGACAUUGAACCUUGGGCGACAGAUCAUCUCAACCCACACGGGUUGAUUUUUUGCUACAUGUGCUCCAACACGGAGGAGACGAACACGGGCGAGAUUGAGGACGAGGACGCGGAAAGAGUGUGGUUCGCAAACCAGCUGAGCGACGAUGCCUGCGCUUCCCAUGCGCUCCUUAAUGUCCUCCUGAACUGCCCUCACGUUGAUCUUGGCGAGGAGCUUCGAGAGCUGCAAGUAGCGACAGCGGAGAUGUCACCUGUGAUGAGAGGAUUGGGGGUGUCUGGCUCGCGUUUCAUCCGGGAUGCGCACAACUCCCUCGCCAGCCGCAAAGGGCCCCCAGCCAAAAAGCGCAAGACUACCGCAAGCCCUUCAAAAGCCGAUAACGACGACCACCUGCAAGAACAGUACCACUUCAUCGGAUACGUCCCCGCUCAUGGCAAGGUGUGGGAACUCGACGGGCUUCAGCACACAGCUAUCGAGGUUGGCGAGCUUGACUCCGAGCCGGGCUCGGGUCCGAGUACGAAGGGAUGGAUGAACGUCGUGCGGCCUGCGCUGCGGAUGAAGAUGCACGUAUAUAUGGCGAGCGAGAGCGACCACGUGCGGUACAACCUUCUCGCGAUCGUGGAUGAGAAGUAUCUAUGUGCGAGCGACGAGCUGGAGAUGCGGAAGCGUGAGCGGCAGGCGCUCGAGCGGAGGUUACAGGAGGCGUAUCCCGAGGGUUGGGCAGACAAGGUCAGCGAUGUGCUGCUGGCGAGUGCUGCAGAGGCAUUCACGACCAGCCUGAGGCCAUCUACAGAGGGCCUACCGUUCGCCGCUGACUUCGGCGCGCGCAAGAUGGACAGGGAUUUGGAGAUCUUGGACAUGGCCGUCCGGAAGCUGCCAGAAGCCUGGAACGCGUGCGUCGAAGCUGCAUUGGCCGCAAAGGUCGUUGUCGAGGAAGAGAUCGCUAAAGCGCGCGAGACACAGACGGACCACAUCAAGCGAACUUUCGACUAUGAGCCGUUCAUCACUCAGUUCAUCAUGUGUAUGCAUGACGAGGGGCUUUUAGAGGCUGCGAUGAGUAGGGGGACCAUCAAAGACGACGACGCUCAGGAGCCAGUGGUGAAGACGCCUGCUAAGCGGGCCGGAAGGCGAAGGCGAAGACGUGACGUUUGAUUCAUUGUUUUGUUAUGUAUGUCUUGUGCUCGUAUCUGCUGUUUUGAAUACUGUUUUGCUAUCUCUCAGACGGCUUUGUUGCUUUCUCAAACCUAAGAUACUCGCAUUUGUGAAUGAAAGAGCAAACAACGCUGCACUUGUCGUUUCAGCAACGACGUCUCCAAUCAGCGUCAUGAGAUCGGAAAUGCACAUCGUCGUCAGUUUGACGAGGAGGGAAGCUGCACGACAUUACCAUCUUGGACUGGCGGAA